GGAGUCCUCUCGCAGAGCGGGGAGCAACGUCGCCCUGUAGCUACGUGACUUUCGUGGCCACUGAUGCGGAUCAUCCUAUCACCACCGCAACAGUAGAAAACACAGAUUCCCCUGUUUGGGAUUUUCAGCAGCAGACGAGACUCUCCAAGGAACUCCUGCUGGAUUCCCAGAAAACUCUGGUCUUCAAAAUAUGGCAUAAAGCAGACGUCGAACGAGUGAUAGGAUUUGCGUCCGUGGACCUCUCCCCCCUGCUCUCCGGCUUCCAGUACGUCUGCGGCUGGUACGACAUCACCGACCUGAGCGGUCAGUGCCGAGGGCAGGUGAAAGUCGCCAUCUCCCCGCUCGAAAACAUCACUCACCUGAAAGAAGAAAGGAAGGCGAGGAACUGCCAGGAAAAACCUGAAUGAGUUGGAUGAGAUCCAGAGGUAUUUCAACGAAAAACUCACCAGACCUUUGACAGACCUGGGGGCUCCUCGUAGCGCCAGGUUGGGCCUCGACAUCCAGAGGCCUCCCUCCAGGAGGAUCGAUCCAGAAGAAGACCCUCGGCAGCAGAAACCCAUCCAUCUUCUUCCUCAAGUUAACAGCCAGCAUGUCGAUCUAUGGCCUAAGAUGACAAGCCACUUUGAAGAUUCCUCACGAGUUCAUGAAGACGGCCACAGAUUCUCAAGCACUGACCAGGCCCACCUCGGACAGGAAGACGGCGCCUCCAGGACCGAGAUGCUCAAAGCUCCCUCAAGCAACGAAUUCUGGAAUCCCAGGAUAGGGGAAGAAGAACCUCUCGGAAAAUCCCCUUCUGCAGAAGAAGACGUGCUCUAUGGAUUCUUUGACCCAACAAACUCCCAAAAAGCAGGAUUCCUCCCCGGGAUCCAGAGGGAGGAAGACUCUGCUCAGUCCCACAGUGAGGAAGAGUACGAAGAGGCCAUCGUAGAGCCGAGAACGCUGAACGAAAUCACCACCGUGACGGACAAAACCAGCCCCUGGUCCAGCUUCGUCUCCGAAACCGAGCAGGAACCAGUCCAGAUGGCGAAGGACGGGGACCGUUUGCCGAAAGAGAGCGCCAUCCGAAGCAGCCCCGUCUCCGACGUGAUCCAAGGGGAUCCUUCGAGUGUCUCCAGCGCCACUGGAUCCGGGGACAGAGAAGAAGACGGGGAGAGCGCCGAGGAAGAAGAACGCGAAGCUGGGCAAGAAGAGCCCACAACGGCAGGACGUGUGGAAGCUGCGGAAAUCCAGAAGGUUGGUCAAGGAAGAUCCCCGGAGGCCCAGGAAGGAGGACCCGAAGAAGCGCCCUCCACGCACAACGGUGGAGGAGACUUCGCGAGGCCAUGGCAGAGGGUUGCGCCAGAAGCGGCAGAAGGGGGAGAGAAGCUGCCCAGAGACCCCCAGCAGGAAGAAGGAAGGGAUGUGAAAGGAGAAGAGGGUCUCCAGCUUUGCCCCCCGUGGCAGGACAUCGCGCAAGAGUCGGAGGCCUGUUUUGGAGAAGACGACGAAGACCUUCCAGAAGAGUCCAACAUGCCCAUGAUCACGCUAUCCGAGCCGAUUAUGGUGCCCAAUUUCUUCCUCCCUCCACAACAUCUGGAGGUCUCCAUGAGGCUUCUCAGCGCUUCCCCCUCCCCCCUGGUGGCUGCUCAUAAA